CGUGUCUCUGUCUUCACGCGUCUGUCAGCUCAGUUCUCCAUCUGCACGGUUAAUUUAUCCAGGUGCAGUUUCUAUAAUGUCUUCUGUUGAAGAAAUUUCCAACUCCGUGGCGGAGGAUUUGGAGGAGGACGGAGUAGAAGAGGAGAACACUGUAGAGGAGGCGGAGAUGGAAUAUGAGGAGCCUGUUAAAGGAGGUUAUAUCUUCUACCGGGACAGAAAAGAGUGGGCCGAUCUAGAACCCGUUCCUCAAGAUGAUGGACCAAACCCUGUCGUGAAAAUAGCUUAUUCAGAGAAAUUCACAGACGUGUUUGACAUGUUCAGAGCGCUCCUGCAGAAUGAUGAGAAGAGUGAGAGAGCGUUUGCAUUGACCACUGAAGCCAUCGACCUCAAUGCUGCAAAUUACACAGUAUGGCACUACAGGAGAGUUUUACUGCAGGCUCUAGAUAAAGACCUGAGAGAAGAGAUGAAGUAUAUCACAGCCAUCAUUGAGGAUCAGCCCAAGAACUACCAAGUCUGGCAUCACAGGCGGAUGGUGGUGGAGUGGCUGAACGACCCGUCUGAAGAGCUGCAGUUUGUAGCAGAAAUUCUUAGUCAAGAUGCCAAGAACUACCACGCAUGGCAGCACAGACAGUGGGUCAUGCAGGAGUAUAAACUGUGGGAUGGAGAGCUGGAGUAUGUGGAGGAACUAUUAGAGGAGGACGUGAGGAAUAACUCUGCCUGGAAUCAGAGACACUUUGUCAUUAAUCACACCAGUGGAUACUCCGACUCAUCCAUCCUCGACAGAGAAGUGCAGUACACCCUGAAACAAAUAAAGAAAGCUCCUCACAACGAGAGCGCUUGGAACUAUUUAAAUGGGAUCCUACAGGAUGGUGGGCUGUCCUCGUUUCCUGGACUGCUGGAACAGGUGACGGAGCUUCAGGACACAUGCAGUUCUCCAUAUCUCACCGCCUUCCUGGUCGACCUCUACGAAGAUGCUCUGGAGACCAACAGCUCCAGCUACGACCAGCAAGAGAUGUUCAACAAGGCUUUGGAGCUUUGUAAAUUCCUGGCUGAGGAAAAGGACACCAUUAGAAGGGAAUACUGGAAUUACGUGUCUCGUUCUCUCCAGAACACGUAUGGCUCAGGUGACCCCGUUUCCGCCUCCUCUGACCCGCCUCCUCCUCCGUCAUCAUCCCAGCUGCCCGACAUGGAGCCCAGUGACCCCUGAGGAGAAGCGCAGACCUGGACACAUGCUUAGAGCAAGAAGAAAUUCUGAGACAUGAUAGACUCUUUAUCUUUGUAUGAGUGCUUGGGUGUGCACAACCAGGCUUUAACAGCAGUGCUUGUAAGUCAAAGAACGGCGUAAAAAUCCAAGUAGCCAUAUGCUUAAACACGCUGAGAUUGAACUGUACAGUGAAUGAAGUGGACUGUGGGAGUUUGGCAGUUAAUCAUACCAGUCAUUCUUAUGUUUUAGACUACCAUCUACGUUUUCAGAGAUUAAAAGUGUCAUUUAUCAAAGCGAAUACAUAACCGACAUGCUUCAGGUGUAGUCAGAAACUUCUCUUGCCAAAGCAUCUUCUGGUCUGUGUUACCAAACUUUGCUCAGACUGUGACUGUACACGCUUUUUUGUAUGUUCAGAAAUAAUAAUGGUUAAUGCUAAAGCUGAUUGGCUUUUAUUUUCUUUCUUACAUUUUCUUGUUGAAAUAAGAUCUGAAAGUGACUUGUUAUAAGAAGACUGUUCUCAUAUUUGCAAGUGUUUUUUUUUCUUUCGGCUGGUUUCAGAUUUGAAUGGCAUUUUUAGCAGAUACUUAACCAACGUUAUAAUUAAUCUUUUGGAAAAAGAAUUAUGAACAUGCUUGGCUAAACAACAAUUUACUUUUGUAUGUACACUACUGUUAAAAAGUUU